UUUAGAAACUCCAAGAAGUGAUGUUUCUGUCAACAAGAUCAAUAGCUCCCAUUUACUAGAAUGUAACAGUGUCUCCCUGUUUAAGGUCGAUUAAUAAGUUCAUUACCACAGGUUGCUGGCUGUGCACCAUAGAUGGAGAUUAUAGACAUAAGACUUUAAUACCCUCAGACACCUUCCCAUGCCUGAAUUCCUCCUCCAGCCCCCCUCCUGGCGUCCUCACCAUCAGAUCCCCCCAGUCUCCACUUUUUAUCUGGACUGUUAAAAACAAAGUGACCCUGAUACCAUGAAGACCACAUUCGCCCUGCUGCUCAUUGUCUCUCUGGCAUGUCACAGUGCUCUCUCCUGUUCUACCUGUGAAGGCCACGCCCUCAAAUGUUACUCGUGUGUGGGAAUGAAUGAGGAGGACUGCAACAGACAGGGCUCCUCAACCUGCCCUCACUAUGCUGAUGCCUGCUCCACCAUCACAGGGGCCAACACUGUGAUGAAGUCGUGCACCUUUAAAUCGUUCUGUGACAAGGCUCAGGGUGAAAGCCCCGGGGCCAGAAUGCACUGUUGUUUCAGUGACAGCUGUAAUGGACCCCCCAGGACCACCAACCCCUGGGCUCACUACCACACCAACGGUGUGGGGGCCGUGUCCUGCAGCCCCAUCCUGCUCAUCACAGGCCUCCUGCUGCGUGUGGCCCUAAGUCAUCUUUAAAAAAAGAUAAAAAAUAUAGACAAAACUCCACUUUAGUUUUCCUGCAGUGAUUUGACAUCUUGUUUUUAUCUGUGUAAUGUGCUAUGAGAUCCAUCAGUACACCCCUCCUCUUUUUGAACAGACUUUCAAUGGAGACUUUAAUUCCUAGUUUACAGAGACAGAGUAUUUGAGCUUCAUAAACAUGUUUGUGAUAACAAUGUUGGUGCUGUAGAUAUGUUUUAUUCAGGCUGUAGAUUGUCUUUGCUAUCUGUAAUAGUAACCUGAUGAUGAAAUGUUAUAUAUUCAUGUUAAGGUGUUUUAAGCUGUACAGCAACCUCACUUACAGUUCUUACUCCUCUGUAUCCCCUACUGUACGUACGUUUUCAAAGGAGCUCCCCCCAUUGCACUCUGUCAUUGGGUCCAUGAUGUCAUUUUCCCCAUGUCAAGCUCAUCUUUUCAAGCCCCCGUGUCAUCUUUACGGCAGGUGAUUUUGGGCCUCCCAGGUUUCUCUUUUGCCUGGUGGUGUCUAUCUCAAGGCGACUCUUCUGAUCUGGUUCUUUUCCAUUCGCAACCCGUGACACUGACACAACCAUCUGUAUUUGAUUUCCUUGAUUAUGUUUUCUUGUCGAGUUUGAGGUUGGAUGUACACCAACUUGAACAUGACAGUAUGUCUUGUGAAAAUAGUACUUAGUGAAUAACACACACCAACCUACGGUUUUGCUCUGGUGUGGUUAUUGUAGAUGCCAGGAUGCCUCAUUGUGUGCGCACAGUCUGCUUAAUGCAACAGAACCACAUUAUAAGCCUGUGUUGUUGCCAUUGGAUCCUGAGAUUAAACCAUUUUAGAUCUUUGAAAAAUGUGUAAAAACGUACUAACAUUACUGUUUAGUGCAUGAAUUUGUGUCUGAAAGCUUGUCUGAAUAAAGACACCACCUCGUU